AUGUAUGGUAGUGCUCGCUCAGUCAACAAAAAUGACUCCAAGGCCAACCAUGGUGCAGCAAAGAAUAACCAGAGCUCAGGACGCUCCCCACGCCUGCCACGGUCCCCUCGCAUGGGUCAUCGGCGCACCAAUAGUAUGGGUGGCAGUGGCGGGGGCCCUGGUGGUGGGGGAAAGACUCUGUCCAUGGAAAACAUACAGUCCCUCAACGCAGCUUACGCCACCUCUGGACCCAUGUACAUGAGUGACAACGAGGUAGCCAUAGCCACCACCUCUGACCUGCCCAAGAGCACGGUCACACUGGCACGCUCCAGCGGACGGGUGCCCUAUGGAGUCCGCGGAGCUGUCAUGGGCAGCACGCCAGAGAUGGCGGUGGCACUUCCUGGUAUGGCGGUGACCCCGUGCGAUUCGGUGGGCUUCGCGGAGCUCCACGCGGCCUCCACGGUGCCCCACUCCCUGCGGCAGGCGCGCGACAACACCAUCAUGGAGCUGCAGGUGCAGCUGAAGGAGGUGCUGCGGGAGAACGAGCUCCUGCGGCGGGAGGUGGACAUCAAGGAGAGCAAGCUCAGCUCCUCCAUGAACUCCAUCAAGACCUUCUGGAGCCCCGAGCUGAAGAAGGAGCGGGCCCUGCGCAAGGACGAGGUGGCCAAGAUCUCCGUGUGGAAGGAGCAGUACCGCGCUCUCCAAGAUGAAACUCAGCAUCUUCAAACAACUAUACAAGCCCUUCAAGCGGAGCUGCGCAUUCAGCGUGACUUGAACCAGCUCCUCCAGCCGCCCAGCGAGCCCCUGGCCUCGGAGCCCAGCGAGGAGCACGAGCGGCAGGCCCGGGAGCUCUUCCUGCUGCGCCGCACCUUGGAGGAGAUGGAGCUGCGCAUCGAGACCCAGAAACAGACGCUGCUGGCCCGCGACGACUCCAUCAAGAAGCUGCUGGAGAUGCUGCACACCAAGGGGCCCUCCACCAAGGCCAGCGAGGAGGACCACGAGCGCACCCAGAGGCUGGCCGAGGCCCAGAUGCACAUGCACCACCUGGAGAACCUGCUGGAGCAGAGGGACAAGGACAUGGCCGCACUCAGGGAGGAACUGCUCCGUCGCUAUGAAGGAACCCCCGACUCAACAAAGACCAAGGCCCUGCAAACAGUUAUUGAGAUGAAGGACUCCCAGAUCUGCUCUCUGGAGCGCGGCCUGCGGGAGCUGGAGGACCAGGUGAUGAUGCUGCGCUCCAGCAGCGCGCUCACCUGCGAGGAGCGCCAGGAGGAGGUCAAGCAGAUGGAGGUGUACCGCAACCACACCAAGUUCAUGAAGAGCAAGAUGGAUCAAGUGAAGCAGGACCUCUCCAGAAAAGACACUCAACUCCUGGGAUUGCAAACCAAACUAGAGACACUGACCAACCAGUUUUCAGAUAGCAAGCAACACAUUGAGGUGCUCAAAGAGUCGCUAACAGCUAAAGAACAGCGAGCCGCCAUCCUGCAAACAGAGGUGGACGCUCUGAGACUGCGCCUUGAGGAGAAGGAGAGCACGCUGAACAAAAAGAGCAAGCAGAUCCAGGAGAUGUCAGAGGAGAAGAGCACCCUCAACGGGGAGAUCCAUGACCUCAAAGACAUGCUAGAUGUUAAAGAACGCAAGGUUAAUGUGUUGCAGAAGAAGAUUGAGAACCUCCAGGAGCAGCUGAAAGACAAGGAGAAGCAGAUCAGCAGCCUGAGGGAAAGACUCAAGUCCCUCCAGACAGACACCUCCAACACAGACACGGUCCUCAGCACCCUGGAGGACUCACUCGCUGAGAAGGACCGCAUCAUUGAGCGUCUGAAGGAACAGAGGGACCGCGAGGAGCGGGAGAAGUCCGAGGAGCUGGACACCAGCAAGAAGGAACUGAAGGAGCUCAAGGAGAAGGUGUCUCUCCUGCAGGGAGACCUGUCAGAGCGAGAGACGUCCCUGCUGGAUCUGAAAGAGCACGCGUCCUCGUUGGCCUCGUCCGGUCUGAAGAAGGACUCCAAGCUGAAGAGCCUUGAGAUCGCCCUGGAGCAGCGCAGAGAGGAGUGCAGCAAGCUGGAGAGCCAGCUGAAGAGGGCCAAACAUGCAGCUGCUGAUGCACAAGCCAACUCCGAGCUAUCUGAGAAGAUCGCCGCUCUGGAGACAGAUGUGGCUAGACACAGAGAGGAUUCUGGGAAGGCCCAAGCAGAGGUCGACCGUUUGUUGGAGAUCCUGCGCCAGAUGGAAAAUGAGAAGAACGACAAAGACAGAAUAAUCAAUGAGCUGGAGAGUGUGACAUCGAGGCAGAUAAGGGAGCAGAGCAAGAAGGCCAGCGCCCAGAAGCAUCCCGCGGAGAAGGGCAGGAGCAGCGGCGACAGUCCCCAGCAGGACUCUCUGCGCAUGAAGGCUGAGCGCAUCGAGGAGCUGGAGGAGGCGCUGAGAGAGAGCGUCCAGAUCACGGCCGAGAGGGAGAUGGUGCUGGCCCAGGAGGAGGCUGCGCGGGCACACCAGGAGAAACAGAUGGAGGAACUACUUGCAGCGAUGGAGAAGGUGAAACUGGAGCUGGAGUCCAUGAAAGCUAAGAUGUCGUCUACCCAGCAGUCUCUGGCAGAGAAGGAGGCUCACCUGACGACGCUGAGGGCUGAGCGUAGGAGGCACCUGGAGGAGGUGCUGGAGAUGAAACAGGAGGCACUGUUGGCAGCCAUUAGUGAGAAGGAUGCAAAUAUUGCUCUACUGGAGCUGUCCUCCUCAAAGAAGAAGAAGACACAGGAGGAAGUGGCCCAGCUGCGCCGAGAAAAGGACCGCCUAGUACAGCAGCUGAAACAGCAGACUCAAAACCGCAUGAAAUUAAUGGCAGACAGCUAUGAAGAUGGACACUUGAAAACACAAGCCAACCAAACCAAUCACAAGCCAUCCCCUGAUCAGGAUGAUGAGGAGGGCAUUUGGGCAUAACAUCAUUUUUGGAAGGGUUUGGAGUGAGAACGGCCGCAAGACCAUAUCCCACUUUGACGACCUUAUCAUCGUCUGCCUUCCAGACAAGAGCCUCAUCUCCUGUUACACCUGGCCCUGCUGUCAUAUCCACUUCUCACCCACCUGGAGAAUCUAACUGUAUUUAUUUGCACAAAAUGGAGGAGAGUAGAAAGAUCAGUGUCAAAAAUCAGUGUUGGUCCACUGUAUUCAUAUAGACCAGUAAACUUUAAAGGACACCCUCCUGUCUGGGGUGCAGAGCUUCAAUUUAUAACUGUUGCACCCUCUUUGGGAUUCAGUUAGGUGAACCAUCCAGAAAAAUAUUUGAAGCUCUGAAAUGUAUCAGGGACGACCUUUCAUUACCCUGAAGUAAAAUGUGCAGUGUAGUCAAAUCAGUAUUGAGGUAAGCGAGUUUAUUUUGACUGGGACUCCGCUGCUCUGAUUGGUUGCGUCCAUCCUGAACCUGGGGAGUAACACUGGCUGGGACGUGUGUCAAGUCAGGCCGCUGUGGCCCAGAGGCCUAAGGCAAGGUGCACUUCUCUGUCAGUAGCCAAAGUAAACCAGAUCUUAGAUUCUACAAUAAUCAAAACAGCAAAUCACAACCGUACAGGUGUCAUGGUGUUGUUUUGCAUGUCCUACAAGUUUUUACACAUUCCCCAGACUCUGGAAAACAACUGGUUGUCUCACCUCGACUAUAAUAGAUCCCCUGCUACUUCCUCUCCUUUCAUGCAACUCAUCUCGUAGCUGUGGGCUUCAUUUUCAAUGACUAAACAUUGGUGCAUUUGUUCAAAUAUAGCAUACUUCUUUGAGUGACUUGUGCAAUGAUUUUUUAAAUAGUGUUUUUCCUGUACAGUAUGUGACGUUGUGUGAAUAUGCCAUUGAUUUGACACAGGAUGGGAAUGCAGCACUCACUAGGGCUACUUGUUACACACACAGUGCAACAAAAGUAGCUGUUGCAUCUCUCACUGCUACAAAAUUACUGAAAGUAAUAUGAUAUAUUUUGACAACUGUGCCACUUCUUUAGACUUUGAGCAUAUAGCCCUGUGUGUAUGAGGAGGAAGAUGGAUGAAUUUUCCUUCAAGAACAGGGGCAAAGUAGCCUAGCGCUGCCAUCCAACACAUUCUCUCUACAUUCAUGUUGUGGCCUGGAUGCCAUUGAUAAGGACAUGUAGUUACUACAUUGAAAUACUACAUUGAAAGUAAUUAUAUCAACUUGAUCAUACUGAUCAUACCAAUCAUACUGAACCUACUGUAGUAAACAAAAAGCCACGGUCAUCUUCUCAAGACGUAUUUUCCGCUCAGGUGUUAAAACACAUUUAUCAAGAGUAUCCAUAACCUCUCAAUAAAAAAACAGAUGUCAUUGUAGGAUCUACGUGAAUCCUCUACAAGCACAUCCAUAGUUCUAAGGGUAGCUGGUUUUCAAAUGCCAGGUCUCCCUCUUUGUCGUCACCUGAAACACUUUCCAUGGCUCAGAGAUCAGUCUAGUAAAAAAUCUACUAGUUGGGUUGAUUCUCAUCUGGGGGUUCCAGACUUUACUCAUAACAACUGCCUGGCAGCUCAGUUAGUCUGGUCAUGCCCGCCAGAGGGCAAAGAACUCCAGCAUCGAAUCAGCCCUUAUCAGCCAUGUGUGGAGCUGACUCAAGCCCUGGAUAUCUGCCUCAUGAGAUCACAUUGCUGGAUUGAUGUGCUUUCAUGAAUGGAGAAUAUCAAAACCAAUCUGUCUCCUCGUGCUCUGUCUUGAAUCAAUCUGUCUAUCUCCCUCUCUCUCUCUCCCUCUCUCUAAGCCUCCUAUCCUCUAGAUACUUUUUAUCUGUCAUGUUUUAAGAGAUUUUGGCCCAGUGCUGUAUCUUUGUGUGUUGUGAGAGAGUGUAAACUCUUGUAAAACAAUGUAAGAGAUGUGUGUGAGUGUUUUGACUUUGUAAAUAUGUACAUAAAUGUGUCUGACCUGUGU